AGCCCUCUGGAGUUGCUCCUGCCCUUCACUUUUAUGAUCUGUUUGUUCUGCCUUGGUUCAGACAGUGGUGAUAGGGGGGAGCAGUAGGUGCCACUGCCUGCUUGCUCAUUGGUGCUUUGCCUGUUGAACAAAUACUAGCAAUGAGGAGGAAGGCGAUAAGGAAUAAGCCCAGCUGGUGAGAAGGCUGACUCAUGGAGCAAAUGGUCUCAGUGCAGUUAUCUUUCCAAGUGCCCCCAGAAGCCUGGUGAUAGCACUGGUAGAGAGAAAUCCAGAAACUUUGGGUGAGAUGCUGUGAAUUGGGGAAAGGCCACAGAAAGGCAUAUUUGCCUUGGGAUAAGGAUGCCAGUGGGGAUGUUGCAAUAUAGCAGCUUGUUUCUUACAAGUGUUGAAUGCUUUUCAUUUUGUUUCUAGCAAGAAUGGUCAGCUAUAUUCACCAGUUAUGGCAAAAGGGCCACUUUGCAAGGACAAUUAUACAUGCAUUUGAACCUAGCAGAGGUGCUAGAUACCAAGCCUGCAAAAGAGACGUAAUUUUAAAAUGUCAAAUAACUAUAAUUCUUUCAAAAUAAAAACACAGUUUCUUUUCCUUUUGAGUGAAACUAUUGGCAAAUAUUUUUUAUUGCACCUUCAUUAAUGUUUUGUGGGGCCAUCAGACAAAAUUGGCUUAGGAUCAUGUUCAUCCAGUGGGCUUCUGGUGGACUAUCUCUGGUCAUUGUUAUACAUGCAUACAUCUGGACACCUAGGAAUUCUCUCCGUAUAGAUUUUAUUUUGUUAGUAUAUUAGAAUGGGCUUCUGAGUAAAUAAUAGCCCCUGGCUUGUUGUUCCUGUCCUUGUUAGAAAGUCAUCUGCUGCAAUACACAUAUCGAAUAUCUGAUAGCAUAUCAGGACUAGUAUUUUAAAAGGAUGAUUAUUGUGACGAAUGUGAUUGCAAGGAAGCUUUUGCUGUGGCUGAGCAAAUUCACCAAGGGAUCAGUGCUGCUCCUGGCAAAGAGGGGAAAUAUAUGUGGUUCUUUGUCUUCUGCAUUUUGGGACAAAAGAAUUCCCAUUUGAAUUGCGGUGCUCUAUUCAGGCUCCCUCUGAGCCUGUGGUUAACAGCAGUCAGUCUUUGCAGUGUUCUGACGUCAUCCAGUGUAUGCAUAAACUAUGCUAUUGUCUUACUGAGAGCAGGGGCUGUGGAUUGCAGUAUCUGGUGUCUGCUACCUAUUUCUGCCUCACUGCAUCAGCAGGAAAGACACUGGCCUUCCCUUGUCUAAAGGAUUUAAAACUAAAUGCUCCUGGUUUUUUAAAAUUAUAUUUUUUUUGCUUCUCCAAAGAAGACGUGUUUUGCUUUAAGGGCUGCAGGAAAAGGGAGUCUGCAGAGUGAAGCUUGGGAGAAGAGAGCAAAAUCUGGUGACUGGAUAGCUGUGGGGACUGCGUUGUCUGGCUUCAUGAUCCCUGCUGUGUAGCAGUCUCAUCUCUCCCUCAUUCCUUCUCUCUCUCUUUCCCUUGUUAACCCCUCUUUUGAGAUAGCAAGCAUCUGGAGCCAGCCAUGUUUGGCACUGAAUCGUCAUUGAGUAUGUUCUUGAACACAUUAACUCCUAAGUUCUACGUUGCCCUAACAGGCACUUCCUCAUUAAUCUCAGGGCUUAUUUUGAUAUUUGAGUGGUGGUAUUUUCGCAAGUAUGGGACCUCAUUCAUUGAGCAAGUCUCUGUGAGUCACUUGCGCCCUCUGCUGGGAGGGGUGGACAACAACUCUCCCAAUAAUUCAAACACAAGUAAUGGGGAUUCUGAUUCAAACCGGCAGAGUGUUUCAGAGUGCAAAGUUUGGCGAAAUCCACUGAACCUGUUUAGAGGAGCUGAAUAUAACCGGUAUACAUGGGUAACAGGACGAGAACCUUUGACAUACUAUGAUAUGAAUCUCUCAGCGCAAGAUCAUCAAACAUUCUUUACAUGUGAUACAGACCAUUUAAGGCCUGCAGAUGCCAUCAUGCAGAAGGCAUGGAGAGAAAGAAACCCCCAGGCCAGAAUUUCUGCAGCGCAUGAGGCCUUAGAGUUAAAUGAGUGUGCCACUGCUUAUAUUCUUUUGGCAGAAGAGGAAGCAACAACUAUUGUGGAAGCAGAAAAACUCUUUAAACAAGCUCUGAAGGCUGGUGAAGGCUGUUACAGACGUAGCCAACAGUUGCAGCAUCAUGGUGCCCAGUAUGAAGCUCAACACAGACGGGACACUAAUGUAUUAGUCUACAUUAAAAGGAGGCUGGCUAUGUGUGCAAGAAAACUGGGGAGGACCAGGGAAGCUGUGAAAAUGAUGAGAGAUCUUAUGAAGGAAUUCCCUCUUCUUAGUAUGUUCAAUAUCCAUGAAAAUUUGUUGGAAGCUCUGCUGGAGUUACAAGCAUAUGCGGACGUUCAGGCAGUUUUAGCAAAAUACGAUGAUAUAAGCUUACCAAAAUCAGCAACGAUAUGCUACACAGCUGCCCUUCUCAAAGCCAGAGCUGUCUCUGACAAAUUUUCUCCAGAGGCAGCAUCAAGACGGGGACUGAGUACAGCAGAGAUGAAUGCAGUAGAAGCUAUUCACAGAGCAGUAGAAUUCAACCCACAUGUGCCAAAAUAUCUCCUAGAAAUGAAAAGCCUAAUAUUGCCCCCUGAGCACAUUUUGAAGAGAGGCGACAGCGAAGCAAUAGCUUAUGCUUUCUUUCACAUUCAGCACUGGAAAAGGGUCGAGGGGGCACUGAAUCUCUUACAUUGUACGUGGGAAGGCACUUUCAGAAUGAUCCCCUAUCCAUUGGAAAAAGGACAUCUUUUCUACCCUUACCCCAUCUGUACAGAAACAGCAGACAGAGAACUUCUUCCAUCAUUUCAUGAAGUCUCAGUUUACCCCAAGAAAGAGCUUCCUUUCUUUAUUCUCUUCACUGCUGGAUUAUGUUCCUUCACAGCUAUGCUAGCCCUUCUGACACAUCAAUUCCCAGAGCUAAUGGGAGUCUUCGCAAAAGCAUUUCUUAGCACCCUUUUUGCCCCGUUGAACUUUGUGAUGGAAAAAGUGGAAAGUAUCCUGCCCUCCAGUCUCUGGCAUCAGCUAACAAGGAUCUGAAGCAAAGUAGUCCAGAAUGGCUGCUGUGACAUUUUCUGUGCCAACUUACUGUUGACUACCAGAAAGCAUGAUUUUUUUAAAAAAGGGAAGCUCUUCAUGGAUUGUCUGUUAUCAUAUAAUUUUUGUUGUACAAAAACAUUGAUGUUUGGUUCUAUUCUAUUUUGCUUUCAAAACAGAAAAAAAUCUUUAAAAAAUAAACUUUUUGUGUACUGCA